AUGGAAUUGGAUACUGGAGCACCUUGCAGUAUUAUUAGUAAGGGAAAAUUACAAGCCAUCAAACCAGGAUCCAUAUUGCAAAAUACUAAUAGGCGAUUUGUAAGCUACACAGGUCACCAUAUUAAAUGCAUUGGCUCAACUCCUGUUAACGUAACAGUGGGGACAACUACGAAGAAAAUGGGUCUUUACGAUGUCGAUGGUCAUUUUGAUACUCUUUUUGGACGCGAAUGGAUUACACAAUUCGCUAGAGAUAUUAAUUUCGUCGAGCUAUUUACAAACGAGAUCCAUACGUUGACUACUACCGUACCUUGCCUUUCUACGAAGCAGAAAGAACAAAUGGAUCAUUUAUUAUCUAAUUACCAAGAUGUAUUUAGCGACAUUGCUGGUACACUGAAAGGACCGCCAGCCACAGUGCAUCUGAAACCAGAAACAUCACCGAUAUUCGUUCGAGCACGAGAAGUGCCGCUAGCAUUACGCGACGCUUAUGCGAAAGAAAUUGAAGCUAAAAUCGCAUCAGGUUUUUAUGAGAAGGUGCAACAUUCGGAAUGGGCAUCGCCCACACACGUCGUUGUCAAGAAGAAUGGGAAGCUGCGUAUCACUGGAAAUUACAAACCCACCUUGAAUCCUCGCAUGAUUAUAGAUGAACAUCCAAUACCAAGGAUUGAGCAUUUGUUCAGUCAAAUGAAGAAUGCGAAACUCUUUUGUCAUCUGGACAUUACCGACGCAUACACACAUCUACCGGUCGACGAAAAAUUUAAAGAAGUUCUAACACUGAAUACACCGACCCAUGGGUUAAUCCGUCCUAAACGAGCAGUUUACGGUGCAGCGAAUAUUCCCGCGAUUUGGCAGCGUAGAAUGGAAACAGUCCUCCAAGGUAUUCCAAAUGUAUUUAAUUUUUAUGACGAUGUUUUAAUCUUUGCAGAUAAUUUCGAGAACUUGAUGUUAACCUUGGAAACCGCUCUAGAGCGAAUGAGAUCACACGGUCUUCGACUUAAUCGAACUAAAUGUACAUUUGCCUCAUCAUCCGUAGAAUUCUUAGGUCAUAAAAUAGACGGUGCAGGCGUGCACAAAUCCGAUAAACACGUCGAGGCGGUACGGGACGCGCCAUUACCUCGUACUCCAGAAGAAUUACAACUCUUUUUAGGUAAAGCGACUUAUUAUAAUUCAUUUAUUCCGGAUCUUGCGACUAGAAGUCGUCCACUUCGAGAUAUGCUUCUCACUACUCCAUUUAAAUGGACAUCAGCAGGCGAAACAGCGUAUAAGGAUAUUAAGAAGGCUCUAAUUUCUCCACAAGUUCUAAUGUGUUACGAUCCUUCACUUCCGUUAGUCCUAGCAACGGACGCUAGCAAAAUAGGGUUAGGCGCAGUUCUCUCACACAAAUUGAGUAACGGACAAGAACGUCCGAUAGCAUACGCGAGUCGUACACUUAGUCACACUGAACAACGUUAUCCGCAGAUAGACAAGGAAGCGUUAGCCAUCAUCUGGGCCGUACAAAAAUUCUUUUACUACUUAUACGCGCGACACUUCACUUUGUUCGUAGAUAACAAACCGUUAACUCAGAUCUUACAUCCAGAAAAAUCUCUCCCUAUUCUUUGUAUUAGUCGUAUGGCCAAUUACGCCGAUUAUCUUUCACACUUUAAUUAUACAGUAAUAUUUAAGCCGUCUAAAUUGAAUAGUAAUGCAGAUUAUUGUUCUCGCUUGCCGCUAUCAACCACGAACAACACAGUCUACAGACUUGAAAUUGAAAAAGAGGAAGAAGCAAUAGACGAUGAAUUCGAUGAAUUUGUUUUAUGCCAAAUUAGACAACUUCCAGUUCGUGCAGAACAUAUAGCUGAGGAGACACGCAAGGAUCCACAUUUGGGCAAGAUCGUCAAAAUCUUAGAAACUGGCCGAGACCUCCCACGAGCAGGCUACAAAGCCCCUGAAGCCAAGUAUUCAUUAACUGCUGAUUGUUUGCUAUUCGAACAUCGGGUGGUAAUACCAGCCUCGCUACAACCAGCAAUAUUAAACGACCUGCAUACGGCACAUGUAGGAAUCGUUAAAAUGAAGGGCAUCGCUCGAUCAUUUGUAUAUUGGCCAGGGAUUGAUGCAGACAUCGAGCGGGUUGCAAAAUCUUGCGCGGAAUGCGCCAAGCACGCUCAUGCUCCUCCGAAAUCCAGGAACCACCAUUGGGAGUAUCCUAAGGGGCCAUGGGAACGCGUACAUAUUGAUUACGCCGGACCCGUAGCAGGCGUGAUGCUGCUUAUCAUCACAGACGCAUAUAGCAAAUGGCUCGAGGUGAAAGUCACCAACUCUACGACUACUGCAGCGACAAUCGCAAUCCUAGACGAAUUAUUUUCAACUUAUGGAGUUCCAGUUACCAUAGUUUCAGACAACGGUCGCCAGUUUGUUUCCGCUGAGUUCGAAACGUUCUUACAAGUCAGCGGCGUCAAAUAUCAUAAGCUUACAGCGCCGUAUCAUCCUUCGACAAACGGCCAAGCAGAACGAUACGUACAAACCAUCAAGAAUGCUUUAAAUACGAUGUCUACUACUCAAGGGACCAUACAACGGAACAUAAACCAAUUUCUGCAACAAUACCGUAAGUCUCCACACACGACAACAGGACAGCCUCCUGCUAAACUCUUCUUAGGUCGCAAUAUACGAACUCGGUUAGACUUGGUCCGACCUGAUAGUAUGUACACCAAAAUGAAGGAGAAACAACUACAGCUUGAUCCUUCAUCUAGAUCAUUUAAACCGGGACAAACAAUUUAUUUCCUCUCGGGUAAUCCUCGGAUGGAUAAAUGGAUUCCAGGCAUAAUCGUUACCAGGCUAGGAGAUCUUCAUUAUGAAAUAGAAUACGCCAGUAAACGAUUUAAGCGACAUGUAGACCAGAUUCGCGCAUUCAUCAGUAAGGAAUCAGAAUGUUCAACUGAUCGCAAUCUAACACAAACUGAAGAAACGCAACCUAGCGUACCCCGACGAGUUCAUUUCUAUGGAGAUAAACCACAAGUCAUCCCGAAUGAAGCAGUGGGUUCUACGACUCCAAAUCCACAGUCAAAGAUGGUGAAGUUACCAUCGACGCCAGCCCACUCAACAAUCAGAUCGCAAGAGUCGUCACCAGAACUAUUUUUUACACCACCAGUUAUACCACGCGAAGAUAACGCCCAAAACUCAAUCAACCCGCAAAAUCGCGGUACUCCGGAGAAUAGGCACGGAAGAAGAGUGACCUUUCAAUUAGACGGAGACGAAAACGACACGCAGGAUUCAAUAGAAGCGCGAGUAACAAAUAGACAGGACGAAGUCUUAGAUCGAUUGACAGCAGCAGUUGCCGGUUUACAAGAUAGGAUAGACCAUAUGGAAUUUGCCCGCGAACGCGAAAAUGUUCGACCCGUCCAACAUGACAACAGAAAUUCACGGACUUCCAACCAACAGACGGAUUAUUCGGUAACGAAUAUACCCCGCGAAUCCGGAAGAUCUUUACACUUCCUAACAUUAAAAGAAGCACGCAACAUGAUCCCCGAAGUUGAUGGCACUUCACGAGAUUGCGUACGAGAAUUUUUAAAGGCAUGUAAAUACUCCAUGCGACAUACUCAUCCCGCGAAAGAAUUUACUCUGUUAGAAGCCGUGUUAUAUACAAAAUUCAAGGGAAAGGCUAUGAAGGCAUUCGAGAACAGAGAUAUCACUAGCUACGAACAGCUAAAAGACGAGCUAGAAACCGAAUAUUUAAGCCGACGAAGCACCGCGCAUUUACAGCUCGAAUUCAAUUUCAUUAAAACAAAAGCCGACGGAAACCGCACAAGAAUUCGGACGUCGAGUAGAUAA